AUGCUGCGGCCUCUGCUGAUUCCCUUGACAUACUUCUGUCUUCAAACCUGGCUGGGAAUCCCUCAGGCAAAAUGUGAGGUGGAGCUGAGCAUGAUGCCUGAUGCUUUUGAUGACCAAUAUCUAGGAUGUGCUGAAGAAAUGGAUGAAAUUGCACCUAAACUGCUAAAGGAAGAAAAGUCCAUGUCCUCAGUGUUUUGCAGUGUGUGGGACAAGGCAAAUGAAACCUGGAAAAAUAUGAAAACGAUUUCUCGCCCCGACGGCUUUAAGGAUGAAUAUGGAAUAGCCAUAGUAGCCUAUACUGACCCCACCAAAUACCCCGAAUACAAAAAAACUUUUUCAACUAUAUUUAAUGAUGCAGUGAGUGGGACUAACAGAUCUCGAGCUGCUUACAUGGCCAGUUUCCAGUUCAAAGCCUUUCAUUAUUAUCUGACAAGAGCUUUGCAGCUCUUAUGGAAGGACGCGGGAGGAAAGUGUGGUGCGAUGUAUAAAACGACGGUGUACCGGGGGGUUAAUACUAGUUCUAAGUACACGGGACAGGCUUCCAUCAGGUUUGGAUACUUUGCCUCUUCAUCUAUUAAUAGAAAAGUGGCUGAAAGUUUUGGCAAGGCCACAUUCUUCACCAUCCACACGUGCUUUGGCGUGAAGAUCCAGGACAUGUCAUAUAAUCCUGAGCAAGAAGAAGUGUUAAUCCCAGCCUAUGAGAUAUUCAGCAUGUCCCAAGGACAAGGGAGUAACCACUUUAUCCUCCAGAGCACAAAGCAGAACUGCAGCAAUUGUAACUGCGCGUACCUGGGCGGAAAGAUGACCCAAACAUGUGUUUACAACUCUGCUACCAGAGGCGGCCUGGCCUUCCCCGGUGUUCUGAGCCCGUCACUGUUUGGAGGAUCCGUCAUCCUGGUCCACGUUGCUGCUCUGAAGCUGUUUGCUGGUUUCUAAAUUGUCCUAUUCGUGUUACUCACUUUUUCUCUCUAACACAAAUCAUGGCGAUGGGACUUGCCAGAUCCAAAGCCGCCCUGCUAUGCUGCCAGGGUUCCAAAGGGAAACCAGGAACCUGGAGGGAGUGUCGCUGGUACCUGCUGGGGCAAGCUUUGAUUAU